AUGGAUUUUAAAUUACUUGCUCCCAAAAAUGACGUCAGAACUUUGAAGGUUCAAACAGUAGCAUCAUUUUGCAAUGUGAAAUUAAAUAUGCCGAACUUUGAACUUGGUAAAGAUAACAAGACAGCCGAUUUUUUAAAACACUCUCCGCUAGGUAGGUUGCCUGUUUUGGUUACGUCUCAUGGUUCUAUUUUUGAAAGUAAUGCUGUUUGUAAAUACCUUUGUAGUAUUCAUAGAGAAGGGGAUUAUUUAGGUAAGGGUUCUUUUGAAGAAGCACAAGUAAAUAUGUGGGUAGAUUUCAACACAUACGAAUUAGAAAUUCCUAUGACUUGUUAUAUGAAUAAUAAAUCCUGUGAGAAAUCUUUAAAACAUAUAGAAGAUACUUUAAAAUGUUAUAAUAAUCAUUUAUUAUAUAAUCAAUAUAUGGUUGGUAAUUCAAUUACUAUUGCGGAUAUCUUUAUUUCUGUCAUAUUAUAUUUUUCUUUAAAUUCUGGUGCUUUGAAUGAAUCGAUAGUUUUGAAAUAUAAAAACUUAUAUAGAUUAUAUGACACUAUAAGUAAUCAAAAACAAUUUAAAUAUGUUUUUGCUUGUGAUCAAAAUAAAAAGAAAAACACACAAGAUAAAUCAACAGGUGCAAAAAAAAAACAAGGAAACAAUAAGAAAGAUGAUAAUAAUAAUAAUAAUAAUAAUGAUGCUGAUAAUCAACAUGCUGAUUUAUUAAGUGAUGAUUUGGCAGAAAAAAAACAGCCAAAAAAAACAAACCCAUUAGAUUUAUUACCACCAUCGAAUUUCUCACUGGAUGAAUGGAAAUAUAAAUUUAGUAAUGAAAAAGAUUUAUUAAAUAAUGCCAUGCCACAUUUCUGGAAAACAUAUGAUCCAAAUGGAUUCUCCUUAUAUUAUAUGAAAUAUGAUAAAUUAGAAGAUGAAUGCCAAAUAUCAUUUGUUGCAUGUAAUAUGGCAGGUGGAUUCUUACAAAGACUUGAAAACAAUUUCUCAAAAUAUUCAUUUGCCGUUGUUACUGUUUUGGGAGAAAAUAAAUCAUAUGACAUCGAAGGUGUCUGGUUAUUCAGAGGUACAGACAUACCUUUUGAAAUGAAAGAUCACCCUUCUUUUGAAUAUCACAUUUUUAAAAAAUUAGAUAUUAAUAAUACACAAGACAAAAAAAUUGUAGAAGAGUACUGGUGCUCAAAAGAAACGGUAGAUAACAGACCUCUUGUCGACAGAAAGGUAUGGAAAUAA